AUGGUAGGAUACGGAGAUAGAUAUCCUCAAAGAAUUCAUCAUCGAGGUUCGUCGCUCCCAUCAAUUAUAAAUCAUCCACAAGUUAUUGCCUGCAAGGAAGGAACAAUUUAUUUCAACACCUCGAACCCUAACCCUAAUCUUUUGAUUGGAGCGAUUGUGGGCGGGCCAGGAGAAGAUGAUGUUUAUGAAGAUGAUCGUGCUGAUUUUCGCAAAUCUGAACCGACUACUUACAUCAAUGCUCCUUUGGUUGAUUAUAUAUUGGGGGACAAUCCAUCAAAGAUGUCAUACAUGGUAGGAUACGGAGAUAGAUAUCCUCAAAGAAUUCAUCAUCGAGGUUCGUCACUCCCAUCGAUUAUAAAUCAUCCACAAGUUAUUGCCUGCAAGGAAGGAACAAUUUAUUUCAACACCUCGAACCCUAACCCUAAUCUUUUGAUUGGAGCGAUUGUGGGCGGGCCAGGAGAAGAUGAUGUUUAUGAAGAUGAUCGUGCUGAUUUUCGCAAAUCUGAACCGACUACUUACAUCAAUGCUCCUUUGGUUGGUGUGUUGGCCUAUUUUGUUGCUAACCCUAAUGCUUAG